AAAAAAAAAAAAAAUUAGUUUGAAUAUUAAUCACGUUCAUGGCCGACGCCCACUGCUGCUCAGGGUCACGGGAGGAGGAGCCAAUUGUGAACCUGGGUUUACACGUACUGGGAUCAAACCAGUGACCGUGUUGUGAGGUAACAAUGCAAGCCGCUGGUCCACCGUGUUGCGCACGUUCAUCAUGACACGCAGACAUGCACACAGAGGAGACGGAGUGAUGCAGGGGGAGUUUCAGGAUGUAUUGAAUCUGUGUGAAAGUGUCAGUUCUUAUAGGAAAUGAAGGAGUUGAAGUGACAGUUGUAGUUUGUGGAUCUCUGUCAUCUCUCCUCUCCUCUCUCUUCUGUCCUCUGGUAUUUCCUCCUCUUGUGUCUCCUCCUCCUCCUUCCUUGAUGAUGGUCACCAGAACAAUGCCUGACAGGAAGUAGCUGCUGAUGUUUCCUUUCUCUCACUUUUCUGUUUCUUGUUUGAACAACGAUGGACGUCCACGUCGUCCUUUUACUGCUGAGCUUCAGCUCUUUCUUAACAGUGAGAAGCCACAGAGGGCGCAGAGGAGUCACCGCCCUGGUAACCAACACAGCGCCGGCACGUAUGAAUGAUGUCAUUGACAUCGUCACUGACAUCAUAACUGACCUUCACACUGGGAGGUCGAUCACAAACCCUGAUCUUUCACCCUCAGUCACCAGAAUGUUCUUCUCAUCCCGUCCACCAGAGGUCACCCAUGACACGUCAGAGACUCUGUCACUCAGGAUGAACACGUUGUCCUCCUCGUCCUCAUCCACGUCCUCCACAGGUCUAACAUGGAAUUCUGAGGACAUCUCAGAAACUCCACCCACACCUCAACCUUCCACUAUUUCCACCAUGGGGACAGAAACUGCACCCACAUAUACUCCAUCUACAUCAGUCCCACCCACAUCUGCUCCAACUAUAACCCCAACAGUUGGAAAGAUGACCACCUCAGAACUGAUGGUCCUGCCCACGAGUCCAACGAACACCUCUGUAAACUUGCCUGUCGUCACCGAAACUACCACCGCUGCAACUACUGGCACCACUGCAGCCACGAUGAUCCAAAGGACUCCACCCACUACUGACACCAUGAUGAUCCAAAGGACACCACCUACUACUGAGACCAUGACGAACCAAAGGACACCACCAACCACUGAGACCUCGAUGAUCCAAAGGACAUCACUUACUACUGAGACCAUGAUGAUCCAAAGGACACCACCCACUACUGAGACCAGGAUGAUCCAAAGGACACCACCCACUACUGAAACCUCGACGAUCCAAAGGACACCACCCACUACUGAGACUCCACUGAGACCAUGA